AUGGUGUGUCCAGUCAUGUUCUACAGCCCCUAUGGUGACCAGGGUGACGAGCCCUUUGGGCUGCAGCAGGACCAGGUGUCAAGCCUGUUUGGGCACAACCACCAGGACCACAAGCUGCGGAUAUUCUGCAGGGACCGCGACCCCCGCACCUGCGAGGCCCUCCGCGCCGCCUUCCGCCGCUGGUCCGAGCGCCAGGCCGGCUGGGGGCGGCAGCAGCACUCGACGCCCUUCAAAUUCAAGACGGCGGCACGCGGCGGCGGCGGCGCCGCCAACGGCGGCGCGAGCGCCAACGGUGGCGGCGGCGAGGGGCGGGCGUCCAAGCGGGCGCGAAGCCUCACGUUCAGCGAUUUGAACGGCGGCGGCGGCAGCGGCGGCGGCAGCAGCGGCGGGAGUCAGCAGCAGCAGCAGCAGGCGCGGCAGCUGGCUGCGGCGGGCGCGGACCAGCGGCUGUUCCACAGCCCCAUCCCUGAGUAG